AUGACUUCUCCGUCGACGAAAUUCACUUUCAUGGCCCCGGCCACACGGCUGACAUCGGUCGAGCCAUGUUCCCCUGGCCGCGCUGUCGGGGAGCAGCAACACCGCUGCCAGCGACCGAGGACUCCGCCUCCCCCAGGCUAUGAGUACUGUCCACCAUGGCCACCCACACCGGAGUGGAUGGCAAAGCCCAGCAAAAAGUCGGGACACCUGUCCACAAACGAUCAGCAGGUCGAAGAGCUGGCAACCUUGCCCACGCCGGCAAGUAUCCCGGCGAAAAAGAAGAAAGUUGCCCGAUCGAAGGGCAAUAACUGGACACGAAAGAAAAGGAAAAGGAAAGCUCGACGCGCUCCUGAGGAACAGCAGGAGAACAAUCCCUCGGAGCCGCCGAGAAAACGCCAGAAAAUCCGGAAGUAG